GCUUGCGAUUUCGUAUAGGUAUAAGCUUUCAGCUCGCAGCUAGCUAGCUAAAUACUCGAAUCUAGCAGGCACAGCUCACCUCAGUUCUUCGCAAGGCCAAGCUAAAGUGGAGGAAUUCAACAACAAGAGUAAGAAGUUCAUUGUCACCUCAAGUUUAACACUCGAGAAAAGAACGAAGAAGUCAUAAUUAUCAGAAGAAGGCACGCUAAAUUUGAAUUUUGAAGAUGCCUUUGUAAAUCUUAUUUAGAUUCCUGUCUCGGAAGAAAGAAAGAACAUUAUUGUCAAGAUGCCUAAGGUUAUUAAGAAGACAUCAAGCACAGGCAAGAAAUCCCAACAGAAGGCUUCAACGUCAAGAUCACGAAUUCGCAGCGACAGUCCUAUCGUUAGGACAGCUGUUAAUGUCAGCCAGAUUUCCAAGUCCAAAAGAAAGAAAGCACAAAACGGUGAUGGUGAAAUGUUCAAGGAGCGCACAGUAUCUGCAAGGACCUUCUCACAUUGGAAACCCAUCACUAAAUCAUCUCAGGCUUUACUUGUUCAAACAAUCGACAGUGCCAUCAUAUCGGUGCUUUCUGAGACAAGCUCUGUGGCAUAUUCAGAUGUGCGAGAUGUUCUCAAUAGUCUGAAGAAAAGGAUACUGGACAAGUCCAGGAAUCUGAAGGCUCCUGCAACUAAACGCCCUAAAUUCAACACACUAGAGGCCGCUUGUCAAAAGUUAGAGAGUGAAGUCGUAGAAGCGUUAAACCAAGAGGAACAAUUAUCAGAGAUGGUGGAGCAGAUGACAAGGACAGUGCAAGAAAAGGAAGAAAUCUUGGAGGAACUUGAAAAAGCUGCCAGCAAAACAAAGAAAAAGUCCCAAUUAUGAUAUGUUACAGAGUUUAUGUUUAACAUUCUAAAACUAAUAUUUAAAUACCUAUGAGCACAAAGUUUAAAAAAUAGAAAUUCAUACAUGUAGGUCACAUGACUUGAAAAACUUGUAUUAACAAAGUAAUAUAUAUGAGUACAUACUACAUAUACAUGUAUAAACACAAACGAUCAGUAAUUGAUGGUGGAAUGAUAAAAAUGGGUCACAACAGAUUUGACAGGCGUAGAUAUGUAGUUAAUUUAAAUUCUCUCACAGGAUGUUCUCUGGUCACGGUAGAUGCAUGAAUGGGAUUAUACAGGGAUACUGCUUAGAUGGAGGAGGGGAGUAUUACAGCAUCUUCUUUUCUCAUUCCUCCCCCUCUCCCUUUCUCCCCCCUUCCCCUUUUGAACUCCUCCUCUGCCCCCUUUCUCUCUCCCCUUCUCUCUCUCCCUCUCUCUAUCUCUCUCUCUCUCUCCCCUUAUUACUGAUUUCUUUCCUUCUUUGUUUUGUCAUUCCUUCCCUACCCCCCUCAAACACUGCUAUGCCACAGACUGUCACAAGAAGUAUGUUAGGAAUGUAGACUUGUUUGAAAUAAAAUGUAAAAACUAAAAUAGAAGUAAAGGAAAAUAAUUUAAGCAAACUAAAAUGUAAAUAUGAUGACCUGCAAUUGCAUGGCAUUUUCUUUCAUCCUGCUUUGUGAAUAAUGUACAAAUGUCCAUGUCUCUGUGAAUUGUAUUGUAUUAUGUGUAGAUUUUGUAUAUUAAAAUAUAAGACUGUACAUUCAAAUAAUG